AUGGCCCAAGUGGCCACAGGUCCUGAACUUACUCCCAGACAAAGUUCUCGGAAUCUUCCUUCAAUGGCGGUAAACAACGAUAGGCCUGAGUUGAAGGAGGAGGUGGUGAAAGCUCUCGAGACCUACAAAAAGAAAGAUUCGCCCAAGGUUGUUGUCAGAUUUAGAGGCGUUGGAAAUGCACCUAUAAUGAAGCAAAAUGUCUACAAGAUCAUUGCAACCAACCGAUUUCAGGCUGUUAUACAGUUUUUGAGGAAGGAGUUGGGUUGGCAGAAAGGUGAACCUUUGUUCUUGUAUAUCAAUUCCACCUUUUCGCCUGCUCCCGAUGAUACCGUGCUUAACCUUUUUAAGUCUUUCUCCACCGAGGGAUAUCUCAUCGUGAAUUACAGCACGACGCCAGCUUGGGGAUAA